AUGGGUGGAUACCUGGGCCGGGCUUGCCCGUGUCCACCCCUGUCUGUGUCCACUAGGGACCCGCAGAAGAAUCCCUUAGCACCGGAUCACUGUAUUUCCCGGUCUCCCCGCGUUAAUUCCAUGGAUGGGUGUCUGAACACGGCUGAUAGUUUGCCUUUUGAAGGUGGUGCAGCUUUAGCCCAUCCUCAGCAGCACCCUGAGCGCAUUGCGGUUGCCCAGGCACAGAACUAUCCAGUGGAGAAGGUUUCCUCUGAAUUCUUAGGUAACCAGCACAACUCAGUGCCGACACUUUCUAGUCCCAGGAUGUCCCAAAACUCAAUAAUCCUGAAUGUGUUCUCUAGUAAGGGCAGAGACACACUCCGUUUUGUUCUGGUGCAGCCCGUCCUGAUUAUAUGGUCGUUUCUUACUAGCCACCUCUUGACUCAAUCUAGGAAGGAGACACAGAUUAAUGCUCUCCAAGAGAGCAGCCAAGUUCAAAUCAAGAAAAAGAAAGAUCUCACUAUCUUGGGAGAAGGUGAAGAAGGAUUUACCAAUCAGGGGGAAGGCUCCCCAGUCACUGAAAGGCCUUGUGAUCAGGGAAAGGAUUCUGAUCGAAGCGUGAGUGCCUCGUCAGCCUUUACACGUCUGUUUGUCAAUGGUGUGCUCUCUUCUUUUAUACCCAAGCCAGGUCCUCUGGAUAGAGAUAUCUGUUCCAAGAACUCAGUAAAGAGCGGUACUAAGGAAUACCAGAUCGCCUUCAAGAGCUCAUGCAAACGAAAUGCCAUUGCCAGCUCCUACAGUUCCUCUCAGGAACAGUGGCCACCAGAGAGAAUUUGUGUACAUGCUACCCGAAGGGCUGGGCCUGGUGCUCCUUCAGGAGCCCCAGGGGCUUCUAAAGGCGCAGCUGCACAUGAUACUCGAGGUGCUGUCCCAGGUGUUGCUCCAGGCGCUAUGUCAGGUGCUGCUGCACGUGCAGCCACAGGUGCUGCCCCAGGAGCUGCUUCUAGUGAUGCUUCAGGGGUUGAUACAGGUGAUGCUUCAGGUGUUGCACGUGCUACCACAGAUGCUGCCCCAGGAACUGCUUCUGCAUGUGAUACCCAAGGUGCUGUUCCUGGUGCUGCUUCAGGCACUUCUGCAGGCAUUACUCUAGGUGCUGCUUUUGGUGUUGCUGCACGUGCUGCCCCAGGAGCGGCUGCAAGUGUUACCCCAAGGACUUCUGUACGUGCUGCUCCAGGUGCUGUUGCAAGUGUUACCUUAGGGGUUGCUGCAUGGGCUGCCAUAGGCACUGCUGCAAGUGUUGCCCCAGAUGCUGCUUUAGGGGCUGCUGCAGGUACCGAUUCACGUGCUACCCGAGGCGCUUUGAGGGGCGCUGCUGCACGUGCUACCCGAGGCGCUUUAAGAGGCGCUGCUGCACGUGCUAUCCGAGGUGCUUUGAGGGGCGCUGCUGCACGUGCUACCCAAAGUUCUUUGAAAGGCGCUGCUUCUCGCGCUUCCCGAGGUGCUUUGAGAGCCGCUGCUGCACGUGCUAUCCGAGGCGCCUCAAGAGGCGCUGCUGCACGAGCCAUCCGAGGUGCUUUAAAAGGCACUGCCGCACGCGCUACCCAAAGUUCUUCGAAAGGCGCUGCCGCACGUGCGACCCGAGGUGUUUCCAGGGGCUCUGCUGCACGUACUACCCGAGGCGCUUUGAAAGGCGCUGCUGCACGUGCAACCCGAGGUGCUUUGAGAGCCGCUGCAGCACGUGCUACCCGAGGUGCUGCCAAAGGUGCUGCUUCGUAUGCUGUGUCACUCCCAGAUUGGGCUUUGUCCCAGUUGCAGGUGCUUGCCAAGAAAUGCAGGGAAAAAAGCUGUGAACGUAGCUCCACCAGUAGUCCGAAAAAAAAGAAAAAGAAACACAGGGAAGCUGAGCAGGCAACUAUCACAGAUAACCAAGUUCAGCAAGAAGACCCAAGGAAUGGCCUCCCCACACCUGAUAUCCCAAGGCCCGUGAGACGCAAGAUCCCUCUGUUGCUGCCCCAUAGUCGAGGUGUUCCACUGAUUCUGCCCCAAUCUGGAGAACUAUGUUUUGAUAUCACUGUAGACGACUUUGACCUAGAGAAGAAAACUACAGUGCAGUGGAUCAACAAGACCUUGAAGGGUAAGAGAAAGGCUGUGUGGUCAGUAAUACCACACAGCUUUGCUGUCUUCGGCUGUGUCUGCUACAGGAACCGUCUUCAGCACCUUUCCCUUCGGUCCCGUCACUCAUUCAGAGGGGAGGGAGAGCACUAG